CCCGCGGCAGGGCGGGGCCGGCGCAGGGCGAGAGCGCGGGCUGGUGAACUGGUGAGGUGGCACGGGUGCGAGCCCCUGGGGCUUGGCGCUAUGCUGAGGCCGCAGCCUAGAGCCCGGCGGCCUCUCUGAUCCGGCCGAAGGGCAGAGGUCACCCGCGGAGUCCAUGGCCGAGCCGAACGAUCCCGGCCGCCCAGAGGAGGAAGAGGACGAGGAGCGGGAGCCGCUGCUACCGCGCGUCGCUUGGGCCCAGACUCGGAGGGGCGCGCCGGGGAGCGCCGUGAGGCUGCAGAUGGACGAGGGAGCGGCCGCGCCCCGCGAGCCGGGCGAAAAAGAGUCGCGGAUGCCGGCCCGGGACGCUGGGGCCUCCGCCGGUCCGUCCACCGAGCCCCACCGGACCCGCGUGGGGAACUCAGAGAUGAAUCCUUUCUUGGAUGAUCCAGAAUUUGCUGAUAUUGUAUUGAGAGCAGAGCAAGCAGUAGAAAUUGGAGUUUUCCCAGAAAGAAUCUCUCAAGGGUCAAGUGGAAGUUACUUUGUGAAGGAUUCUAAAAGGAAUAUUAUUGGUGUGUUUAAACCCAAAUCAGAAGAGCCUUAUGGCCAGCAGAACCCAAAGUGGACCAAAUACAUUCAUAAGAUGUGCUGUCCCUGCUGCUUUGGCCGGGGCUGCCUGCUUCCUAAUCAGGGAUACCUUUCUGAAGCUGGUGCCUACCUGGUGGAUACAAAGCUUCAGCUUGGCAUUGUUCCAAAAACAAAGGUGGUUUGGCUUGUCAGUGAGACAUUUAACUACAGUGCAAUUGACCGUGCAAAGUCGAAAGGCAAAAAGUAUGCCUUAGAGAAAGUUCCAAAAGUAGGUAGAAAGUUUCAUCGGAUAGGACUUCCUCCCAAGAUCGGUUCCUUUCAGUUAUUUGUUGAAGGUUACAAGGAGGCUGAAUAUUGGCUUAGGAAAUUUGAAGCUGAACCUUUGCCUGAAAAUAUUAGAAAACAGUUUCAGUCACAAUUUGAAAGAUUAGUUAUUUUGGAUUACAUCAUCAGAAAUACAGACAGAGGAAAUGACAAUUGGCUAGUCAAAUAUGAAAAGAAAACUGAAUGUGAGGAAUCAAACUGGAUUAAUGAUAAAGAAUUGCUUAUUAAAAUAGCUGCAAUUGAUAAUGGUCUAGCAUUUCCUUUUAAACAUCCUGAUGAAUGGAGAACAUAUCCAUUUCACUGGGCUUGGCUUCCUCAAGCAAAAAUUCCUUUUUCUGAAGAAAUAAGAAACUUGAUUCUGCCUUACAUUUCUGACAUGAACUUUGUACAAGAUUUGUGUGAAGAUCUUUAUGAACUUUUUAAGACUGACAAAGGAUUUGACAAAGCUGCUUUUGAGAGUCAGAUGUCUGUGAUGAGAGGACAGAUCUUAAACCUCACUCAGGCACUAAGAGAUGGGAAGAGCCCUAUGCAGCUGGUGCAGAUGCCGUGUGUGAUUGUGGAGCGCAGUACAAGUGGUGGCCAGGGGCGGAUUGUACACCUCGGCAGCUCCUUCACCCAGACUGUCCACUGCAGGAAGCCAUUCUUUUCCUCCUGGUAGCAGAUGUAAGGGUAGCUGUGUGGCAUUGUGGUGCUGAUAUAAACCUGCUGAAAGCACCGGUUGCCAGAACCUCAAAUAAGUCUUUAAAUAUAUACAAAAUAAUACUAUAUUUUGAAUGUAAUCAAAAGUUUACGAUUUUUGUCCAAAUAUUAAAUUUCUAUUUCAGGGAAGAAGUGAUAUAUCUUCUAUAUUU